AUGGAAACUAAAUCUUUUCAAAUGGAUAAUAUGUCUUCUUUGGCGAAAGAUGAAGCACUUCAAAAUAAGUCAGAUGAAAGUAGUGUUUCUGAAGAUUGUGAAGAUAUAGUGUUUGAUGUUAUUAGCAAGUUGCAAAGUCCAAAAACU